ACUUCCAACCCCACCCUUGCAGACAACACCCAUCUCCCAACAGCCUCUUUGGAUAGUCGUUAGCCAGAAUGACCUCAAUACCACCAAAUCAAACUCUUUACAUUCGGAAUCUCAACGAAAAGGUUCAGAAAGAAGACAUACGCAGGAAUCUUUACUACCUUUUCUCACAGCAUGGACACGUUCUGGACGUCGUAGCACUGAAAACUAUAAAAAUGCGUGGUCAGGCCUUUGUUGUGUUUAGAGAUAUCUCAAGCGCGACGACCGCCAUGCGAGCUUUACAGGAAUUCCCAUUUUUCGAUAAAAACAUGAAAAUCAGCUUUGCGAAAACAAAGUCAAAUGCCGUGAGAUUCCAUGAGGGAGUGUACACUGCGCCAGCCAAAGAAACUGCUCCAUCGACUACUCCCGCAGCACAGAAGCGACCGCGUGAGGAUGAAGAAGAAAGCGAAGCAAAAAGGACACGGUCUGAUCAACAGACUAGCCAAGAGGAGGAGGCCGAAUCUGCUAAUGCACAAGCAUCGGAUCAAACACAAGUCAACCCUCCGAACCGGAUUCUUUUCCUCACCAAUUUACCCACAUCCGUAUCCGAAGAUAUGCUUGCAAUGUUGUUCCAACAAUAUCCCGGAUUCAAAGAGAUUCGACUUGUUCCGGGCAAAUCAGGCAUUGCAUUUGUCGAGUAUGAGAGUGACGCCCAGGCUGAAACGGCCAAAGGCGUAUUAAAUGGAUUCAAGCUAACCCCGACACAUCCGAUGACCGUUGAGUAUGCCAAACGAUAGGGAGGUUCGUGGUUGUGUUAGAAAUAGUUAGUGUACAGCGGGUGAUUUGUAUUAUAGGGACUGGUUUGUGCUUGAUGAGCGUGUUUGUUCAAAUAGAAUGAACCGUAUAUGGUACGCAUCUGCACAUGUGUGGAAA